CGCCCUCAUCAGCAGUCUCUCCACGCAUCUAGAUAAAUUUCCCCUUCAAUGGCCCCCAUCGGAACUCUAUAUGGCGUCGGCUACCAACGCCAGACCACCAUUAUCAAGGCGGCUGCCGCGAUUGGUGGGCUUGAGCUCAACUAUGUCGAAGUAAAGAUGGGCGAGACGAACAAGUCCCCUGAGUACCUCGAGAAGUUCCCCCAAGGGAAGGUCCCGGGCUUUGAAAGCGCCAACGGCUUCAAGGUGACCGAGGGUCUCGCCAUUGCGAACUACGUCGCGUCUCUGGCCCCUGAGAGUGGGCUUCGUGGCAAGAACACCGAAGAGGCUGCCGAGAUCGAGCAGUGGACCCACUUCACUGAGUCUGAGGUACAGGUGUCUACGGACUUUAGCCACGUCCUCACCAUGGGCUUCCUUCCCGGAUAUCCCAAGGAGCUUCAUCAGUUCCUCUUGGAACGCCAGUACAAGUCAUUUGAGCAUCUCGAAAGCACCCUUGGUACCCGCGAGUACCUCGUAGGUGGCAGACUGACCAUCGCCGAUCUCACACUCGCAGCGAGUUUGAAGAGGGCCUUCAAAGUCACUCUCGGUGCGUCCGAGAGAGCCAAGUACCCUAAGACGAUCGCCUACUUCGAGAAGAUUCACUCACACGAGAAGCUCAAGGAAGUCUAUGGUGAGGUUGAGUUUGCAGAGACGCCCGCCCAGUACAAGGGCUCCGCGUAGGUAGCCUACUUAAAUCAAUGGAAGGACCCUGUAAUAUUAGUAACUGUAAAAGUUGUACCUCCAGAAGCAAUGCCUAUACCUCAAUCUCCACAAGGUUUUGUUUUGGUCUGGC